AUUAACCCAACUCAGGAAAUAAAACAUAUUUCCCAACAUGAAUGCUUUAGCUAAAUACUUCACCUUCUUUUUGGUUCUUUUAUUUUUGAAUUCAACUUUUCUUGAGAUUGAAGGUCGUGAUCCCUUUGAUAUCAUGACUGUGUCUCCAAAGUAUUCUGGGAAAAGGGUUGCUGAUAUCUUUGAUGGAUUGUGCCUUGGAGCAAUGAAAAAGUCAGGUCCUAGUCCUCCUGGCGAGGGGAACAACCUCCCUUAUAGUCAGACCCUUGGGGGCAUUAAGGAUGGCGGACCAAGCCCUGGAGGGAAGGGACACGGGUUCAUGGAAAAUGAGACACUAGGAGGGAUUAAGAAUGUUGGGUCCAGUCUCAGUGGCAAGGGGCACAGGUUCACUAAUAGCCAGACUCUUGCAGGGAUCAAAGACUCGGGUCCUAGUCCAUCUGGACCGGGACAUAAGUUCACUAAUAACCAAACUCUUGGAGGCAUCAAGGACUCGGGUCCUAGCCCAUCUGGACCGGGACAUAAGGGCUGAUUUGCCUUUUUACCUCUCUUUUUUUUUUUUUUUUAAGAUUUGAAUUGUCCCAUGUAAUUUCGGUGUUUCGGUCUGAUACGCAAAAUACUCACAGAUACAUCGAAAUUUGAUCAAAAAAAUUGAAAUUUGAUC